AUGUUUAGAAGAAGUCUAGUGGCGCUUGCCCAAAGCACGGGGAAAUCCAUCCCGCCGGUGAAACUUGGCUACAAAAAUAUGCUGAAAGAUCCUUCGGUUAAAUACAAACCAUUCACAGCAGUAAAUCUACCCAAUAGAGAAUGGCCUGACAAGCGAAUUACAAAAGCUCCACGCUGGCUCUCGACAGAUCUUAGGGACGGUAACCAAUCUCUGCCGGACCCCAUGUCCGUCGAGCAAAAAAAGGAAUAUUUCCAUAAGCUUGUGGAAGUGGGAUUCAAAGAAAUAGAAGUGUCAUUUCCCUCGGCGUCGCAAACGGACUUUGACUUCACCCGGUACGCAGUCGAGAACGCUCCUGAAGAUGUCAGCAUCCAGUGUCUCGUGCAGUCGCGGGAGCAUCUGAUUAAGAGAACGGUAGAGGCUCUCUCGGGGGCCAAUAAGGCAACCAUCCACGUCUACUUGGCAACCAGUGACAUGUUCCGUGACAUAGUAUUCAAUAUGUCGCAGGAAGAGGCUGUUGCCAAAGCCGUAGAGGCAACCAACCUGGUGAGAAAACUAACCAAGGACGACCCUGCCCAGGCUGCAACCGAGUGGACUUAUCAGUUUUCGCCAGAAACUUUCAGCGACACUCCACCGGAGUUUGCACUGGAAAUAUGCGAAGCUGUCAAGGCCGCUUGGGAGCCCACAGCGGAAAAUCCAAUUAUUUUCAACCUUCCUGCAACUGUCGAAGUGGCUAGCCCUAACAACUAUGCCGACCAAAUUGAGUUUUUUUGCAAGCACAUAAGUGAGCGUGAAAAGGUGUGUGUCUCUACCCAUGCCCACAACGACCGUGGCUGCGGUGUUGCUGCCUCUGAAUUGGGGGUGAUGGCUGGCGCCGACCGUGUCGAAGGCUGUCUAUUUGGAAAUGGUGAACGUACUGGUAACGUUGACCUUGUGACGGUUGCCCUGAACAUGUACACACAGGGCGUGGACCCUGAAUUGGACUUUUCGGAUCUUAACUCGGUUGUGGAGAUUGUCGAACGCUGUAACAAGAUCCCAGUUUCUCCAAGAGCUCCUUACGGCGGUGACUUGGUGGUCUGUGCUUUCUCUGGUUCUCACCAAGACGCCAUCAAAAAAGGUUUCGCUAUCCAGGAAAAGAGACGUGCCAAGGGCGAUCUAGAGUGGAAAAUUCCAUACCUGCCUCUCGAUCCAAAGGACAUUGGCAGGGACUACGAGGCUGUCAUCAGAGUCAACUCCCAAUCCGGUAAAGGUGGUGCCGCGUGGGUCAUUUUGAGAUCUCUUGGCCUAGAUUUGCCUAGGAACUUGCAGAUUGAAUUUUCCACAGUCGUGCAAACCAGGGCUGACUCUCUAGGUAGAGAGCUAAAGGGGCAAGAAAUUACCGAUUUGUUCAAGGACACGUACAACUACAGCGGCAGCAUCGGUAACAUUAGCCUUGUGGACUACGAGGUCAUCAAGAUCGACAAGGAACGCAGAAUUCUAAACGGUCAAGUGGAGAUAAACGGGCAAAUUUACGACAUCCAGGGUUCGGGUAACGGUCCAAUUUCGUCCCUGGUAGAUGCCAUGUCCAACCUCUUCAAUCUCAGAUUUAGUGUCUCCAACUACACCGAACACUCUUUGGGCUCUGGUUCUAAUACCCAAGCUGCCUCUUUUAUUCACCUCAUGUACAGACGUGAGGUCGAUAACGAAAACGCUUACAGGUGGGGUGUUGGUGUUUCUGAGGACGUUGGCGAAGCUUCUACUAAGGCCAUCCUCUCUGUCAUCAACAAUAUCGUUCAAUCAGGCGAUGUGACUUUGCCAGAACCAGCAUCCAAAGCAUCCUCUUCCGCAUAA